GUCCUAGAACGGGCGAGGAACAAGGGCGGGGCGGAGUGAGCUGGCGCGAUUGAUUGUUGCGCCUUUUGCUCCGCCGCUGAGCGUUCCGAGCGAGGAGCUGCGCCCCCUGAGCGGCCGUGCGAGGCACCAAGGCGCCGUCCCGACCGGGCCUGGGCUCUGCUACUUGCCACCUGCCCAGAGGACCCCCCCCCCGGUCCUCCUCCGGACCCGGCCAUGCUGCCCAACACAGGGAGGUUGGCAGGAUGCACUCUCUUUAUCACGGGUGCAAGCCGUGGGAUUGGAAAAGCGAUAGCCUUGAAGGCAGCCAAGGAUGGGGCAAAUAUUGUGAUAGCUGCCAAGACUGGAGUGCCGCAUCGCACACUUCCAGGAACUAUCUACACUGCUGCAGAAGAAAUUGAAGCAGCUGGAGGAAAGGCUUUAGCAUGCAUUGUCAAUGUCAGAGAAGAAGAGCAAAUUGUCGAUGCAGUGGAUCAGGCUGUCCAGAAAUUUGGAGGGAUAGAUGUUCUUGUGAACAACGCAAGUGCUAUCUCUUUAACUGGCACACUGGAAACGCCUACAAAAAAAGUGGACCUAAUGAUGAGUGCCAACACAAGAGGAACUUACCUCACAUCUAAAAUAUGCCUCCCUUAUUUGAAAAAGAGUAAGAUUGGCCAUAUCCUCAAUAUCAGCCCACCGAUUAACCUAAACCCUAUCUGGUUCAAAAAUCACUGUGCUUAUACAAUUUCUAAAUAUGGAAUGUCCAUGUGCGUGCUGGGAAUGGCAGAAGAAUUUAGAGGAGAAGUUGCAGUCAAUGCAUUAUGGCCUCAAACAGCUAUAUAUACCUCUGCAAUGGAUAUGCUGGGAGGAGCUGGCGUAGAGAAACAGUGCAGGAAAACAGAUAUACUAGCAGAUGCCGCGUACUGCAUUUUAACAAAGCCCAAAACUUUCACUGGAAACUUCGUCAUUGAUGAAACUUUAUUGAGAGAAGAAGGAGUUCAGAAUUUUGAUGUAUAUGCGGUUGCCCCAGGUCACCCUUUGCUACCGGACUUCUUUUUAGAUGUGGAUCCCGAAACACUAGCAAUGAAAAUGGAAGCACAAGGAGCUAAUCCGUCCUUCAGAGAAGGAAAAAAACAAGACUUUCCCAAGCAUGAAGGUCCUGACAAAACUAAAUCUGAAGGCCCUGACAGAGGGAAGCUCCAUGUGCAUUUUGCUGCAGAGAAAUCAGGGGGGCCUGUAGCAGAAACCUUUAAAAUUAUAAAAGGUGCGAUCAGUGAUGAAGUUGUAAAGGCAACCCAAGGAAUUUACCGGUUUGAAUUAUCUGGUGAAGGAGGAGGAACAUGGUAUAUUGAUCUUAAGAACAAAGGUGGCAGUGUAGGAAGUGGAGAACCACCAGGAAAAGUUGAUGUGGUUAUGAGCAUGUCCAGCACUGACUUUGUAAAAAUGUUUUCAGGCAAACUAAAGCCAACCCUGGCUUUCAUGUCUGGAAAGCUGGCAAUUAAGGGUGACAUGACCUUAGCAAUCAAGUUGGAAAGACUGAUGGGUCAGUUUAAUGCCAAACUGUGACGGUUUAUGGUGUCACGUUGAACUUUCAAUAAAUAUGCAGUUACCUUGCUGUUUCAAGAUAACU